AUGGCUUUUGACUUGGAUCAGACAAAUCUGUUCAACCAGAUUCAGGUUGGUAACAUGACACUGAAUCAUAGAAUCGCUUUUGCUCCCACAACAAGACUCCGUGCUACAGAUGAUCAUACUCCAAGCGAUUUGAUGCUACAACACUAUUCAGACCGAGCACAGACUCCUGGUACUUUGCUCAUUUCAGAAGCCACCUUGGUCUCUCUUCGUGCUGGCUUAUACCCCAAUAUUCCUGGCAUUUGGAACGACAGACAGGUCCAAGCAUGGAAAAAGAUCACAGACGCAGUACAUGCAAAAGGAAGUUACAUGGCUUGCCAAUUGUGGUUUGCAGGAAGAGUUGGAUCCCCAGAACUACUGAAAAAGCAUGGUUUGGACUUGGUAUCCCCUUCUGCUUUGUAUGAAAGCGAAGAUUCCAAGAAGGCAGCAGAAGCCGCUGGCAAUCCCAUUAGAGCAUUGACCGAGGAAGAAAUUCAGAGUAUUAUUUAUGACGAUUACAAGAACGCAGCCAUCAAUGCCAUGAACGCCGGAUUUGAUUGUGUGGAACUUCACAGUGCUCAUGGAUACCUACUUGAUCAAUUCCUACAGCCCGCGGCUAAUCAAAGAACAGAUAACUAUGGUGGUUCUAUAGAGAACCGUGCAAGACUCUUGCUGGAAAUUGUCGACCUUUUAAGUGAUACCAUUGGCGCCGAAAAAGUUGCAAUCCGGUUGUCUCCAUGGGCUAAAUUCCAAGGAAUGAAAGCGGAAAAAGAUACAGUGCAUCCAAUUACUACAUUUAGUUAUGUAGUUAACGAGCUUCAAAAGCGUGCAAACAAGGGUAAACAGCUCGCUUACCUUUCUGUGGUCGAACCUAGGGUAAAUAAUAACGUUGAUGUGAACUUGGCUGAUAUAGCUGGUUCCAAUGACUUUAUAAAAAAGUUAUGGAAAGGAAAUGUUUUGCAAGGUGGCAAUUAUACCUAUGAUAAACCGGAAUUUAAGUCUUUGAAAGCUGAUGUAGAUGGUGACAACCGCACUAUGGUCGCAUUUUCCAGGUAUUUCACGUCAAAUCCCGAUUUAGUUAAGAGAUUAAAGGAAGGCUUGGAGUUGUCUCCUUAUGUCCGUUCUUUAUUUUAUGCUCCAUACAACUAUGGGUAUAACACAUUUCCAAAUUUUGGUGAUGAGCUGCAGUUUGACCAUGAAACCGAAAAGGAAAGACGCCCCGCUCCUUUGAUUUGA